AUGCAUUGCGCGAUACCGGUCGAGAAGGAGCUACAGUGUUUAGUUUUUCUCCUUUAGGAAAUUGCCAGUCAAUUUUCUCAGAGAAAUUAAACCAAAAAUGCAGAGGUUACUCUCCAGAGAGGUUGCUACCUCUCUCAAGACAGCUUUUCAAGUCCGCCAUCUUUCAGCAUCAUCAUCACUAUGGCAAAAGGUAUCAAUGAGCAAGUUUGAGACCAAUCAAUACAUCCCAUAUGAAAAACUGGAGGGAAAUCUCAAGAUUGUAAAAGACAGAUUAAACAGACCCUUGACGCUGUCAGAAAAGAUUGUAUAUUCACAUCUUGAUAACCCCAAAGAACAGGAAAUUGUGCGUGGUGAAUCGUAUCUCAAUCUAAGACCUGAUAGAGUUGCUAUGCAAGAUGCUACAGCUCAGAUGGCUAUGCUACAAUUCAUCUCUAGUGGACUGCCAAAGGUUGCUGUUCCAUCAACUGUUCAUUGUGACCAUCUUAUUGAGGCCAAAGUUGGUGGUGAGGAAGAUCUGGCCAUUGCCAAAGAUACUAACAAGGAGGUGUAUGACUUCCUUGCUAGUGCAUCUGCUAAGUAUGGUGUUGGUUUCUGGAAGCCAGGCAGUGGAAUUAUCCAUCAGAUUGUACUGGAGAACUAUGCAUUUCCUGGUGUAUUGUUGAUUGGUACUGACAGCCACACACCUAACGGAGGUGGUCUGGGUGGUGUUUGCAUAGGUGUUGGUGGAGCUGAUGCUGUUGAUGUAAUGGCUGAUUUACCAUGGGAGCUCAAGUGUCCAAAGGUAAUUGGUGUCAAACUUACUGGUCAACUCAGGGGCUGGACAUCUCCUAAAGAUGUGAUUCUGAAAGUUGCUGGAAUAUUGACAGUCAAAGGUGGUACUGGUGCUAUUGUUGAGUACUUUGGACCUGGUGUGGAUUCUAUUUCUUGUACAGGUAUGGGUACUAUCUGUAACAUGGGUGCAGAGAUUGGUGCUACUACAUCAGUAUUUCCAUACAACCACAGAAUGGAAGCAUAUCUCAAAUCAACAGGAAGAGAUCAGAUUGCUAGCUUAGCUAAUCAGUACAGCCACAUACUCAAGGCAGAUGAUGGUGCUGAUUAUGAUGAAGUCAUUGAGAUUAAUUUAGACGAGCUUGAACCCCAUGUUAAUGGACCUUUCACCCCUGAUCUUGCUCACCCAGUGUCGAAACUUGGACAAGCAGCCAAGGAUAAUAACUGGCCGAUGGAUGUUAGAGUGGGAUUGAUUGGAAGUUGUACAAACAGUAGCUAUGAAGACAUGACAAGAGCAGCAAGUAUUGCCCAACAAGCAUUAAGCAAUGGAGUCAAAGCCAAAUCCCUUUUCACUGUAACUCCUGGAUCAGAACAGAUAAGAGCAACAAUCGAGCGGGAUGGCAUCGCUAGUACUUUAAGGGAGUUUGGUGGCACUGUUCUUGCAAAUGCAUGUGGGCCAUGUAUUGGUCAAUGGAACAGGCAAGACAUCAAGAAAGGAGAGAAAAAUACAAUUGUAACUUCCUACAAUAGAAACUUUACUGGUAGAAAUGAUGCUAACCCUGAAACCCAUGCAUUUGUUGCCUCGCCAGAGAUUGUCACUGCCUUAUCUAUUGGAGGAAGACUUGAUUUUAACCCUGAAACAGAUACCAUAACUGGAAGUGAUGGAAAAGCUUUCAAACUUGAUAGCCCAUAUGGUGAUGAAUUGCCAUCAAAGGGAUUUGACCCUGGUGAGGACACUUAUCAGGGCCCUCCUGAUGAUGCUGCAUCAUUGAAAGUUAAUGUCAGCCCAACUAGUAACCGACUUCAGCUGCUCACUCCAUUUGACGUGUGGGAUGGUAACGACCUUGAAGACAUGACUGUCCUCAUUAAAAUCAAAGGAAAAUGUACGACAGAUCACAUCAGUGCUGCUGGACCCUGGCUUAAGUACAGAGGACACUUGGACAACAUUUCAAACAAUAUGUUUAUUGGAGCAAUAAAUAUUGAGAACGACACAGCAAACAAUGUCAAGAAUCAGUUAACUGGUGAAUAUGGAGGCGUUCCUGACACUGCGAGACAUUAUAAGGCUAGUGGAGUGAAAUGGUGUGUUGUUGGGGAUGAGAACUACGGUGAAGGUAGCAGCAGAGAACAUGCAGCUCUUGAACCAAGACACCUUGGAGGACGUGCCAUCAUCGUCAAGAGCUUUGCACGAAUCCAUGAGACCAACUUAAAAAAGCAAGGAAUGCUGCCAUUGACAUUCUCCAAUCCUGUUGACUAUGACAAAAUUCAACCUGAUGACAAGAUUUCUUUGGUUGGACUUAAAGAAUUGGCACCAGGAAAGCCCGUUGAGUGUCAUAUCAAAAGCAAGAAUGGUUCAGUGACAAAGGUCUCGUUAAAUCAUACAAUGAAUGACCAACAGAUCCAAUGGUUUAAAUCAGGAAGUGCACUUAACAAGAUGGCAGGAAAAUGAACACAGAUUGUCCUUGAAAUGGAAUUUUAACAGUUGAUUAAUAAAGAAACAUUUAAAAGGACUGUUAUACUCAAGAGAUUACACUGAAAUGUUUCGUGUGCAGUACUCUACACAAGGGUUAUAUUAUUCAAUACCGUGUGAACAAAUUUACUCUUUUUAUGAAAUUUUUGUCGAAUUCAAAUAUAAUAUUUUCCUGGUUGCA